AUGUCCUACGCUGUGGAGACGAAGAAACGCAAGUUUCACCGAGUUCUAGAAUCUCUAACCAAACCACCAACUGUUGAUCCUUCGCCCAAACAAACACCCGGCACCCCAGCAACACCAACCGAGCGAGUCCCCGCAGAUUUAUCGAUAAAGAAGGUCCGACUGAGUAGCCAGGAUUUGAGUAAUUUUGCUGCAGUCCGAAAAUCAGGUAUAAAGGCUGCUCGAUCUGUUUCAAGAGAGUCCGCGGUCUCGUCAACAACAACCCGUCCGAGCUUUGUUCCUUGGGACCGCGACCGCUUCCUCGAGCGGUUGGAAACAUUUCGCCGCGUUGACCGAUGGUCACCGAAGCCGGCUGCCAUAAGUGAGGUUGAAUGGGCGAAGAGAGGGUGGAUCUGCACGGACGUGUCGCGGGUGACAUGUGUGGGAGGCUGUGGUGGUUCGGUGGUUGUCAAACUACCCGACGAACUCGACGAGCUGGAUGGAUACGAUCAUGACAAGGUGCAAGAGAGGAAGGAAGUUCGUGGCAAGCUCGUUGAAGAGUAUGCGAGUCUCUUGGUUAAAGGGCAUGGCGAACAUUGUCCAUGGAGGAACAAGGGUUGCGACGCUACAAUUCAUCGCCUACCACUUACCAAUGGCGACACAGCAAUUGCUGGUCUCCAAAAACGCUACUUGAAUAUCGCCAAGAUGGCCAAUGAGCUGCCAGCCGCCGAACAUACCAUAGCUCCCGAGUCAUUUGACCUUGAAGCCAUUAUCAAGAUCCUACCUGAAGGAGAAUUUGACGAUUCCACUCGCACUGCGGAGUCGGAUAGGCCCGAAACCCAACAGGAUCAGCAGCCCGAGCAACAGUCCGGUGAGGGAAGCCAGGAAGAUGGCUCGCAGAAGUCACCCGAACCAUCGAAACCAAUCAACAAAGCUGCGUUGGCGCUAGCGCUCUUUGGCUGGGACACGAUCUCGUUCGGAACCGCCGGCCUAGUAGGCUGCGGUGCAUGUUUUCGGCGACUGGGGUUGUGGAUGUAUAAGCCCAAGGACAAUGGCGACACAACAGUCUACGAUACGUUGGACGUUGCCCAUGAGCACAUGGAGUACUGUCCUUGGGUCAGCGGAAAGGCCCAGAGCGGGACGGGCAAGUCAAACGAGAAACAAGCGGAGCUUCGAAGCGGAUGGGAGCUUCUUGUUCAAGCGCUCAGAGUCAAGCACCGUCGACAAAUCCGCUCAAUAGCCUCCAGGGAGACUCUGCGUGCUGUUUCUGAGACACCCACGGAUGAUUUCCCAGCCGUAGAUGACGCGAGCGAGGAACACAAAAAGGCGAGCGAUCGGGAAUGGUGGGCGAAACUCCGACGGAUGAGACAGGUGCUGAAUGUCAAGUCGCCUCAGAGGAAGAAGUCGGUUGCUCCGUGA